GCGCUGAUCAGUUCUCUGGCUUUUGGCGAGUGUCACUAUUGUGAUCACGAGCUCCCAUUGGCUCCUGUCUUAAAUACGUCACAAUCAUGAUUAGAAUUGAUGAUCGGACGUUCUGAUUUCAUUGUCUGGCAAUGGGGACUGGUGAAGAAAUCUGCUGAAUUCCAACGUUCGCGUGAUAUUGACAUCAAACAAGCAGACUACUUGCAUACCCUGGACCACCGCCAUCACCACUGCCUUCUCCAACACCACCACCACCACCACCACCACCACCACCACCUCCUUGUGUUUGGGGGCUGUCCAGCCACAGCUCCCAGCAUGUCCAACGAGCCAGGAUGACAGGCACCACCUGACUGCACCUCUCUAAUCAAACAAGAGAGGGGCUGCAGCUGACAUGGCUGCUCCCUUCCCCACCAGUGGCACAAUGGACUCGUGGACCGACAGGCAUGGCCUGCCGAUGAUGAACCUGCGGUCUGUAUUUACAACUGAGCAACAGCGAGUACUGGAGCGUUACUAUGACAACGGAAUGACCAACCAGAGCAAGGCCUGCUUUCAGCUAAUUCUGCAAUGUGCUCAAGAGACCAAAUUGGACUUCAGCGUGGUGCGGACUUGGGUGGGAAACAAAAGGCGUAAACUGGCCUCUAAGACGGACCAGAAUGGAGGCAUGCCUCAUACCUCAUCCAAUCAUGGACAACUGGGGGGUCUUUUAUCCAAUCACGCACUGGUAGGGGGAUCUAUAUCCAAUCACAGCCUGGCAGGAGGGCCCCUCAUCACGGGAACCAUGUUGCCUGCCGCACGGAGCAUCCAGAGCAGAGGUCAUCUUCUUCCUCCGUCCUCUUCCUUCCCCCCUUCCUCCCUCUCGUCUUCGUCUCAUUCAUCUUCUUCUCCUCUCGGCAGUGGCAACAACAAUAACAACAAUGAUGUCAUCCUUACUGGGAUCUACUCCCUCAACCCGGCCCCCUGCCCCCGACCGAGACCCUUGCCUCCGCCCACUCAAAUGGACACCACCGUGGCUCUGCAGAACAAACCGCCUCUUCCUCUCACUCAGUCGGUCCACAUCAGGGGCCAUGCUAGCACCUCUCCCCUUCCCCUGCGUCUGGUUACUCCCCCAUCCAAGCCCCCGUCCCUCACAACUCCGCCCGGACCCUCCACCUAUACGUCGGCUAGCAAGGCGGGCCUCUCCCUUUCUGCGUCGGCUGUUGGUUCAGGGUCAGUGUCGGGGUCGCAACCGGUGCCCAACAGCUGGGCUAGACAGUAUGGUUCGGUGCAAAGCCGCCCCUGGUCCUCUUCGUUACAACCCCAGCCCAGGUCGCAGUCCCGAACUAACUCCAGCCCCCUCACUCAACCGCCUGCCCUGCCAAGGGCCCGGGUCACGGUCCCGACCCCACCCACACCUGUGUCACCCUCUGACCACACCCUUCGCAUCCAGCAGGUCUUCACCCUAUCAGGAAGAGCCAACAGCGAAGCUCUGAGGCCAUCUCAGACGGCUUCCACGAAGACGGCUUCCCAGGAGAAUCGUAAGGCGGUUUCCCGAUCCCCCGACGCGGCGGGCUACUUCUCCAUCGCCAUGGAGACGGGCAAUGAGGAAGACGAAUGGCAACAGGAGGCGGAAUUUGCUAACAUGUCCGCUCAGUCCCAUACCCGCAUGGAGCAGACCUCAACCAGCCUGUCCCACGUUGAAGUGAUGGGGUAUAAACCAGGCAACCCCACCCCUCCUUUGAACUACAGACCUCCACCGCACCCAAGCAACGCCGCUUCUCAAGGCAGUUACUCCACCACACCUCAGACCUCACUCUCAAGGCAUGGCAGCUCACCGAAUUCGUUCAGUGGGUCUGCAGUGUGGCUGCAACUCAGCAACUCCAGAAAGAGAACACUCCAGGAUCGGACCCAGUUCAGCGACGGCGACCUCGUCCAGCUGAGGCGCUUUUGGAACAGGGGCAUGACCAGCCUUGGGUUUGUCUGCAGGGAGAAGAUCACCGCCGCAGCCAACCAGCUCAACGUGGACACUGAGAUAGUCAAGACAUGGAUCAGCAACCGACGAAGAAAAUGCCGGCUGAUGGGUAUUGAAAUCCCUCCACCAACUGACGGGCCAGCUGUAUUUACCUCUUCUCCUGGAGACCAGUCCCUGUCCCUUACCCCCGAAGAGGAAGCUCUUCGAACGCCCGAACUGGGAGACGAGUUGAAUGACGAGGGAUCUCUCUGCUUGUCUGAAGAUGGCUUGGCUGAUUCCUUCCAGAGAGAAGGAGAGGAUGGUAGCGGCAUCUCGAACCCUUGUCCCUUGGCUAACGAUGUGAAAAUAGAGAUCAUUGAUGAAGAUGAGGAAGAUGUCAUUGAAAUGAUGCCUUCAGACAUGGAGCAGAUGCACAACCUUUUGGAGUUCAAGGUAAAUGACAAAAUACUAAAAUGUUCUCCUUUUUAGUCCUAUGUUGUUGUAUGUUUAUAACCAUAAUAAUAUUUAACCUGGUUAAAAAAAAAUAUAUAUAUAGAGUUAUCUUACCUACUCGAGUAUCAAAGUACCAUGCAUUUUAUGUUCAAAACAAAUAUUGUAAAUUCCUGUUGCUUAUAAGACUCAAAAUAUUCUAUUUACGGAGAGAUCGUAUUUCCCCACAUGAACAGCACAUUAUUUAUUUAGACUAUUAUACUCUUACGCAUGGAUGUGGGUGCCAGCACAUUCGUACAUAUAACACUCAAUACUAAAUUGAAAGCAAUGCAGUCUCCCCCGCACAGUGAUUCACUAUUUUGUGCGUCUCCAACUUUGUCC